AUGCCCUAUGUUGGCGAUGAUGUCCAUCGUGCGACGACAAAACGAAAAUGGGAUCACGAUGGCAGCGAAACUCUCCGAUUCUCGCAUCCCGGCUCCAACGCCACCGUCUUUCACGUCUUGAACCAACAGGCAGGGCUGGAGAGCACUGUGGAUGGCGUUUCGGCGCGCAAGACGCUGCCUCCGACGAAACGACUCCGAGCGAUUCACGAUGACGACGACACCACGCACUCUGCACAUUGGCGAAACGCCUCCUCUCGCGAGCUGCUAGUAACGACAUCACAAGUCGCCCAUGAUAGCAACGACAGCGCCUGUAAAGCGCCUGUGAAGAUUGGCGGUAUGACCAUUAUGCCCUGCCACGUUUGCCACCGUCGACCAACCAAGAAAUCCGACCUCGACUCCUUCGCCAGAUGCCAAUCGUGCCAGGAACAAACCUGCUUCGUCUGCAUUCGCGAAUGUCGAAGACAGAAGGAUCCUCAUAACGACAUGAAUUCGCCUCCAUUUGGAAAAGAAGAUGAAGAUGUCGGGCAAUCUUUCAAAAUGAACGACGCGGACGAAUGCGACAUGGCUGCAUCUACCAACAUCCACGCGCCACAACAUGACGAUCAUGAACGACAAGACACGCCCAACAAAAGUUCUGCCAAUAGCAGCAUUCAUCACGCCAUGAUAUGUAGCCGUUGCUGUGUUGAAGAAGGCGCCGAGGGCGAAGUCGUCUGCCUGGGCUGUCUAUCCAACAUGGACACUGCAUAA